AUGUGUGGAGCUCAUAGAGUCAUCCAUGAUUGCCACAGAAGCACAUGUAUAAUUUUUCAUCAUGAAACUAACCCAGGUUCCGUUAGAGCAUUGUCAUCUUCGACCCAAUCGUUGUCCAGCUACCAACAGCCCGACUUCUCAAGCUACUUGAACAACAAGACUGACCAAAAGAGCCGUAAUUUCACCUACUUUAUGGUGGGUUCUAUGGGUUUGUUGUCAGCUGCCGGAGCCAAGUCGACCGUCGAAGCUUUCUUGUCUUCCAUGGCAGCUUCUGCCGAUGUGUUGGCUAUGGCUAAGGUCGAGGUCAAGUUGGGAGCCAUUCCAGAGGGCAAAAAUGUCAUUGUCAAAUGGCAAGGUAAGCCGGUGUUCAUCAGACAUAGAACUGCCGAAGAAAUUGAUGAGGCCAACAAAGUGGACAUCAAGAAGUUGAGAGACCCCCAAAAUGAUGCAGACCGUGUCAAGAAACCCGAAUGGUUGGUGAUGUUGGGUAUCUGUACCCACUUGGGAUGUGUGCCAAUCGGAGAAGCUGGUGAUUUCGGAGGAUGGUUCUGUCCUUGUCAUGGAUCGCAUUACGACAUUUCUGGUAGAAUCAGAAGAGGACCAGCACCAUUGAACUUGGAGAUUCCCGAGUACGACUUCACAGAUGAUGAGACCUUGCUUGUUGGUUAG